AUGUAUAAUUUAGAUACGGUUUUUAGCCCUUUAGACCAAUUUGAAAUUAGAAAUUUAGUAGGGAUUAACUCUACUAUAUUAAAUGCAAAUAUCUCAUUGACAAAUAUAGGCUUAUAUUUAAUUGUAAGUACAAUAAUAAUUUUAUUAGUAAAUAUACUAGCAACAAAUUUUAGAAAAAUAAUAUCAAAUACAUGAUCUAUUAGUCAAGAAUCUUUAUAUGUAACUAUACAUAGUAUAGUUAUAAAUACUAUAAAUCCAAAUAAAGGUCAAAUCUAUUUUCCUUUUAUUUAUGCUUUAUUUUUAUUAAUAUUGACAAACAAUUUAAUAGGUUUAAUACCUUAUAGUUUUGCAGCAACUUCUCAUUUUAUAUUAACUUUUUUUCUUAGUUUUACUAUCGUUUUAGGAGCUACCUUCUUAGGUUUCCAAAAACAUGGUUUAGAAUUUUUUUCUUUUUUUGUUCCUUCUGGUUGUCCCCUUGGUUUAUUGCCUUUAUUAGUUUUAAUUGAAUUUAUCUCUUAUUUAGCUCGUAAUGUUUCUUUAGGUUUAAGACUUGCAGCUAAUAUUCUUUCUGGUCAUAUGCUUUUAUCUAUUUUAAGUGGAUUUACUUAUAAUAUACUUAAUAGUGGUAUAUUAUUUUUUGUUCUUGGUUUAAUACCAUUAGCUUUUAUUAUUGCAUAUUCUGGUUUAGAAUUAGGUAUAAGUUUUAUUCAAGCUCAAGUUUUUGUAGUUUUAACUUGUUCUUAUAUUAAAGAUAGUUUAGAUUUACAUUAA